AUGGAUGAAAGGGAGCAACAAGAAGCACGGCGAUAUUUUUAUGAACUUAGUGGAAUACCGGGUGUCGUAAUGUGUGUUGAUGGUACACAGGUUAAAAUAAUAGCACCGAAGCUUGACAGAGAUCAACACUUCAACAGGAAAGGAUUUUAUAGUUUAAAUGUGCUGAUGCUCUGUGACCAUAAAAUGGUUCAGAUACGAUACGUCAAUGCUAGGUACAGUGGAGCAAAUCAUGACGCUCAUAUAUGGAGUGUUUCUGGAAUAAUUUGUUUGCAGAAAUAUGAACUUGGAAACAGAGUUUUCAAAGUACUUGCCGAUUCCGCAUACCCAUCGAAACGUUGGAUUAUUACGCCGAAGAGAAAUGCUCCUGUAAAUUCUACAGAAGCUGUGUUUAAUGACUCUCGUGCAAAAGCAAGACAGAUAAUUGAGCGAACGUUUGGAUUGCUAAAGAAUAGAUUUCGGUGUCUAUUGGGAGCGAGACAGUUACAUUAUACUCCUGAUAUGGCCGCAAGAAUUACAAAUGUAUGUUGCGCAUUGCAUAAUUUUUUACGUGUGGCAGUGUACUACACGCUCUGCCAGGAAUGCAAGGCGUGCCAGCACACCGAUGUGGCGCUGGUGCGGCUCGAGUCGCUCUGUCCCUUCCCGGUGGAGGCACUGCAGGACAAGCUGGCCCACUACACGAAGGCGCGCGAGUUUGUUUGGAGCCAGGAGGACACCGUUACUUUGACGCCUGUGCGUGCAGCUGCGCUUUAA